AUGUACCGUCUCUCACUUCGUGGUCUGCGUCAACUAGAGCGGGCAGACUGGCCCGCACCAGCAGACAAAGCCAUACUCUGCCAGGACAAAGGCCAGACGGAACAGGAUUGCCAUAACCACAUUAAGGUGCUGCUCUCGUACGGACAUAAGCUGUUCGCUUGUGGGACUAAUGCGUUUAGUCCUGUAUGCAGUUGGCGUGAGAUUGAAUCGCUAAAUCUGAUAUCUGAAUGGGUGUCGGGCGUUCCAAAUUGUCCUCACAACCCUCACUCAAACGUGACAGCUAUUAUAUCAUCCACCGGCGAGUACUAUGUUGGAACACCUACUGAUUUCACUGGUUCUGAUACAGCCAUUUGUCGGACUCACGGUGCCUCUCGCAACACAGGGAUGCUGCGUACGACCCAGUACGAUCCAAACUCCUUGAACGAACCACAAUUUGUAGGCAGUUUCGAAGAUGACUACUUCGUUUACUUCGUAUUCAGAGAAGUGGCUGUCGAACAUUUGAACUGUGGAAAGAUAUUAUAUUCCCGGGUCGCCAGAGUGUGCAAAAACGACUUAGGUGGCCAUCUAGUGAUGAAAGACAACUGGAGUACGUUCAUAAAAGCUCGCCUGAAAUGUUCAGUGCCCGGUGACGUGUCGUUCAACUACGACGAAGUGCAAAGUAUGGAGUACCUGCCUCAGGAGAAAUUACUUGUAGCUGUAUUCAGUACUCCUACAAACAGCAUAGCUGCCAGCGCUGUGUGCAUAUACAAUAUGUCAGAUAUACAUGCAGCAUUCGAAGGGCCAUACAAAGUGCAAGACUCGCCCACUUCUACGUGGGAACCAAAGUCUCCUUCCAAAGAAGUUAGGGAACAUUUCAGAUGUGCUAAUGAUACAAGACUCGCAUUAGAAUACCACCGGUAUCACUUAAUGUACGACUCAAUACAACCAAUCUCUGGAGGACCAGUGUACAAAGCCACUCUAGAACGGUUCACUCACGUUACAGUCGAUGUUGCCAACACUAAAAAUGUUGGAAAGCAGCUGGUCGUGUUUGUGGCAACACAGAAAAGUAGUAUUAUAAAGUUGGCAAUUCUGCCGCGGUAUGAGGGCGCAUGCGUGGUCGAAAUUUGGAAGUUGAAGGAUGGCAAUGGUGGAUACGAUAUCCAGACUAUGCAGUUUGUUAAGGAUUCUAUGUCGCUCUACAUAGGUAGCGAUACGGGUGUACUUCGCCUGGGAAGCGAGCGAUGUUCCAGAUACAAGACCAGGUCAAGUUGUGUGGGUGCCACAGACCCACACUGCGGUUGGGACGAUGCCAGGGAAAACUGUAUUCGGACUCCACCUCAUUUACACCAGACUUACUUUAUACAGAACACGGCUACGUGUCCCACUGUCAGCACACCUGUUGAUGGCGGUUGGUCAUCUUGGUCAGACUGGGAGCCUUGUAUGCAGGACGGAACACCUAGAAACACUUACGAUGAUAAACCCGACAUGUGUAUGUGUCGGACCAGGCGAUGUGACAACCCUAGACCAGCGAAUGGGGGACAGAAGUGUGCAGGCGCAAGUAUAGCAGUAGCAAAUUGUACGGUUCAUGGUGGUUGGUCAGCCUGGUCUCCGUGGUCGGAGUGUUCAAACACCUGUGGCAUCGCAGUCAAGUCCCGGCGACGCACCUGUACAUCUCCUGAACCCAAAUUUGGUGGACGAGUUUGCGUUGGUCUGGAUGUUAGCGAUAUGUACUGCGCUAAUUUGCCUCCAUGUCCUGACCCCAAUUUAGCUCCAGUCGAUGGAGGCUGGUCAUCAUGGAGUGCCUGGUCUCCAUGCUCAGGAGUUGGGUGUGGAAUCAACUCAGGCGCUAAAGAACGACGCAGAAAUUGUAGUAACCCUGCACCCAAACAUGGCGGUUCGGACUGCGAAGGACCAAAAUAUGAGAGGCUGCCUUGUGAUUUACGACCUUGUGAGGUUCGGAAGGCAACUGCCUGGACUCCGUGGGUGCAAAUGCUUGGUAAUGCGUCUGAUGGCAGUUACACUGAGAAACGAUUCAAAUUCCUAUGUAAGGCACCUACACCGGAACAAAUAAGGUUGUCUCUAGCCCGUGAAGAAGAGAGGUAUUGCAACGCCCAAGGGGCAUGUAGCAGUACGCCCCCAGAAGAAGAUGGAUGGGAAGCUUGGGGUCCGUGGGAAGCCUGUUCUGCCCCUUGUGGAGGGGGCCAACAAGCCCGUUCUAGGAGAUGUCGUCGACCCCCAUGCAGUGGACCCGAUGAUAUGCUAAGAGCUUGUAACACUCACGCUUGUAAUGGUGAAUGGUCUUGUUGGAGUGAAUGGAGUGAGUGCAAUGGCAAUUGUGAUAGUGGUGCAACGGGACAUCGAAUGCGCACUCGAAUGUGCCUCUCGCCCGAGGGCUGCGCAGACGCUGGUGCUGCGCUCGAGAGACGAAUCUGUGUUAAUCAAUGCGCAGAAUCUGAAACUGGCUGGGGAUCAUGGGGCCAAUGGAGUGAAUGCGAUGGAGGAGAAAGAGUGAGACGGCGAAGUUGUGAGAGUGGCGCCUGCGUCGGUCCACAGUUACAGGUGGCGCGCUGUGAUGAUAACAAUAUGGAUAAUGAAUUAAACGCGUUGCCAGCGUACAGUCAAGGAGUGGAGAUGGCAUCUUUUGUGACUAUGAGCAACGAAUCGCUCAGCCUUGGUGGGAUAAUCGGAUGCGUUGUUGCUUCUUUUGUUAUUGGAUGUCUAGUGUGCCUGGGCGUGGUGAUAUUCCUACAGCGUCGUGGUUCGUGGAACAGAUCGUCCCGUGUACCGUCGAGUCCACAUUACAUUACUGCGAAACAGAACAGCUACGUGACUGUACCUUUGGAUCGGCCUCGCAAACCAAAACGGCAGCCAUCAUUCUCUGGUAUCGGGGGCAACAGUAUGUUAUUAAAAACAACUAACAUAUCAAACGCCAAUAACCACAAUGUGGCCACUACCCCUAAAUUGUACCCGAAGGCGAUCGCAAACGAAUAUGACUCCAUGGGGACAUUGCGAAGACAUUCAAACCAGCCCUGUACAAAGAACAACCUGGAUAUUGAAGAGGAUAAAUUCUAUUGA